CCGGCCGUCAUUGGCUGACGAGAGCGGACGGGGCGGGGACGGACCAAUCAGAGCGGGGCGGAGUGGCCGAGCCGAACCGAGCCGAGCGGAGCCGAAGGCAAGCCGAGAGCUGAACGAGACCAGGUCACCACGAGAAGAGUCACUGGAAGUUAGAGAAGUGCAUCGAUAAGAUGGAUCAAAGUGGGAAAGCAAAGGAAGAGGAGAUGGAAAGUGGCACACACGCCCCAAAAGAACUCCUAGAAUUUCCAGAGCAUUUCAACCAACUUGAAUUGUUGGAAACUCAUAGACACCUAAUUCCCACCGGCACCCAGAGUCUCUGGGAAGGAGAUUCUGAUGAGGAAGAAGAGCAGGAUGAGAAAACGGAAGAGUGGUAUCAAGCACAAGAAAACAAAUUGGAAAAAGAACCGGAGAAACUGCUGCUUUGGGCGGCUGAAAAAAAUCGGAUGGCCACGGUUCAGAGGCUGCUGGCGGAAGAGGCCGCCCGCGUGAACGCCAGGGACGAAGACGAGUACACGGCCCUCCACCGGGCCGCCUACAACGGCCACCUGGCGAUAGCGCGAGAGCUCGUGUCCCGGGGGGCCGACGUCCACGCCGUCACGGCCGACGGCUGGACCCCCCUGCACAGCGCCUGCAGGUGGGACCACGCCAGCGUGGCGGCCUUCUUGCUGCAGCACGAGGCGGACGUCAACGCCCAGACCCGAGGCCUGCUCACCCCCCUGCAUCUCGCUGCCGGCAACAGAGACGGCAAAAACACCCUCGAGCUCCUCCUCAUGAAUCGGUACGUCAGGCCGGGCCUCAAGAAUAACGCGGGCGAAACGGCCCUGGACGUCGCCAGGAGGUCAAGUGUCUACCACUACCUCUUCGAGAUUGUGGAAGGGUGCACCAAUUCUUCACCGCCGGAGUCUUAAGCGUUCUGCGGCCUUCUCGAAAUAAAACGUUUCUCCCCGCUCCUCUCCACCCGUGAUUUUUUGCCGGGGAGGGAAAAAAACCUUCCAGAAGGUGCCGUUUAAAUAAAAGACGGCUGGUGUUGCUAAACUGCUGAUAAAGGAUUUCCAAUGACUAGAGAUUUGCUGUCUGGAUACGUGUGAUAUUGGGCUGAGAGGGGUUUGGUUCUUUGUUCAGAUAUAACACUUGUACACAGUAGGCGCUCAAUAAAUACUAUUGAAUCAA